AUGUCCAAGCGUGUUGAAGUUCUGCUUACCCAACUCCCUGCGUACAACCGCCUGAAGACGCCAUAUGAAGCGGAACUGAUUGAAACCGCCAAAAAGAUGACCGCCCCCGGUAAGGGUCUCCUCGCCGCCGAUGAGUCCACUGGUUCAUGUUCGAAGCGCUUUGCGGGCAUCGGUCUCAGCAACACUGCAGAGCACCGCCGUCAGUACCGCGCUCUCAUGCUGGAAUGCGAAGGUUUCGAGCAGUACAUCAGCGGUGUCAUCCUGCACGAUGAGACCGUGUAUCAGAAAGCUAAGACCGGCGAAACAUUCCCUCAGUACCUCCGUCGUCGUGGUGUGGUGCCUGGCAUCAAAACCGAUUGCGGUCUCGAGCCCCUCGUGGAGGGCGCCAAGGGCGAGCAGAUGACUGCUGGUCUCGACGGUUACAUCAAACGGGCCAAGAAAUACUACGCUAUGGGCUGCCGCUUCUGCAAGUGGCGCAACGUGUACAAGAUCCAGAACGGCACCGUGUCUGAAGCUGUUGUUCGUUUCAACGCUGAAACACUCGCUCGCUACGCUAUCCUCUCCCAACUCUGCGGUCUUGUCCCUAUUGUGGAGCCUGAGGUGAUGAUCGAUGGCACUCACGACAUUGAGACUUGCCAACGCGUUUCGCAGCAUGUGUGGUCGGAGGUGGUUUCUGCACUCCACCGCCACGGCGUUGUAUGGGAGGGAUGCCUGCUGAAGCCCAACAUGGUCGUCCCUGGCGCUGAAUCCGGCCUCAAGGCCACUGCGGAGCAGGUUGCCGAGUACACCGUCAAAACCCUCGCCCGUGUUAUUCCCCCUGCGCUCCCCGGCGUGACGUUCCUAUCAGGUGGCCUCAGUGAGGUUAUGGCCUCCGAGUACCUCAACGCUAUGAACAACUGCCCGUUACCACGCCCAUGGAAACUGACCUUUUCAUACGCCCGUGCACUUCAGUCCAGCGCCAUAAAGGCGUGGGGUGGAAAGGAAUCUGGUGUCGAAGCUGGCCGCCGUGCGUUCAUGCACCGCGCAAAGAUGAACUCACUUGCCCAACUCGGCAAGUACAACCGUGCUGAUGACGACAAGGACUCGCAGUCUCUGUACGUUGCUGGCAACACAUACUAA